UAUGACCUAGAAAAAUGCAUAUUAUAUAAUAUAUUGAACAUAUACAUAUUUUGAUACCAGUUAUUUCUGGGAAGAGAAACAGCUUUAUGCGACGAAAAUAUAGGAUGUAACGACAGUAGUCUUACUAUAUUUUCCUAGGAAUAUGAUAAGAUAAUAUUCAUAAAAGAAAAUAAAUAUUUAAAAAUAUUCCAUUUUUAUAUGACAUAUGUAUCUAUACACAAAAAAAUUUGUAUAUCUAUAAAAGUAUAUUCACAAGAUAAAUCAUUUUAACCAGUUAGAUGUACAAAAAAACCUUGUUCAGUAAUAAUCUCAAUUGCUUUGCCUGAUAAAAUAACAAUCACUGGGUACAUUAACAAACACAUAAUAUGAAUGAAGGUAUAUGCUACUACAACACCCAUAGCAGUAAAAAAUAUAAUAACGUCCGUAGUAGAGGAGUUGCAGAGAAAUAAGGACAGAAGAUAUAUUCAAGUGGAGACAGCUUUCUUUUACAAAUGGUGGAAAGAACAAGACGAAACUAUGCGACGUGCAUUCAAAAAUCUUGUGGAUAAUGGACAUCUCGAAAUAGUUAAUGGAGGAUGGAGCAUGAAUGAUGAAGCUUGUACCAAUUAUCAAUCAACUAUCGACCAAUUUACUUUGGGAUUCAGGAUAAUUGACGAAGCCCUUGGUAAAUGUGGAAGAUCUAGAGUAGGUUGGCAAAUAGAUCCAUUUGGGCAUAGUAGAGAGCAAGCUUCCAUUCUAGCUCAAAUGGGUUAUAAUGGAAUGUUCUUUAGUAGAUUGGACCAUUCAGAUCGCUCAAUAAGGAAAGAAGAACACCGGAUGGAUUUUGCUUGGCAAGGAAGCGCCAAUUUAGAUGACAGCAUUAUAUUUGGCAGUAUUUUUCCUAAUGCAGGCUACGAUGCACCACAGGGCUUCUGCUGGGAUAUAAGCUGUCAAAAUGAUCAAAUUGUAGAUGACAACAGUAGCAUCCAUUUUAACCUAGAGGAUCAGGUUAGCCGUUUCACGGAUAUUUUGGAUGGAUAUGCUAAAUUUUAUUCCAAAGAUAAUAAGAAUAUGUUGGUUGUAAUGGGUGGAGAUUUUCAGUACCAACAAUCUGCAAUGUAUUUUGAUAACAUGGAUAAGCUAAUUAAGGGUUUUAAGAACCACGAGAAAUAUAAUUUGAUUUAUUCUACCCCAUCUUGUUAUAUGAAGAGUGUGCACGAUGAUAACGUAAAUUUAACACUAAAAACUGAUGACUUCUUCCCGUAUAGUAGUAGUAACCAUGAUUUCUGGGCUGGUUAUUUCACUUCAAGGACCAACUUGAAAAGGUUUGAACGGGUUGGAAAUAAUAUACUUCAGGCAACUAAACAAUUAUAUGCACUUAGUUCCAAAAGAGGUUAUGAUGACAAUCUAACGGAUCUUAAACAAGCUAUGGGCACGUUACAACAUCAUGAUGCAAUAUCUGGUACUGCAACUCAAGAAGUAACCAAUGAUUAUGUACGAACCUUAACUGCUGCUAUUAAAAAAACGGAGGAACCACUGACUGAAAUAAUAGGUGAGUUGCUUGAGGCAAAGACAGAAUUAGACUGGAACCUGAGUUCGUGCCUUCUUACCAAUUUUAGUAUAUGUGCCACUUCUCAAAAUAGUGAUAAGUUUGUGGUCGCCAUCUAUAACCCACUAGCAUGGAAUGCAACGCAUUACAUUAGACUGCCCGUGGAAGAGGGAAAAUAUAUCAUUAAUGGACCAGAUGGACUGGAAGAGUAUGAUUUGAUUCCAUCUCUUAGUAAAUUCGAUUUCGUAAAAAUUGUAAAUGAAACUCCUAGUGCCUACGAACUUGUCUUUGCCGCCAGAGAUAUAAAACCACUCGGUUUGAAAAUGUUCCACAUAGAGAAACAAAAACAAGAACUCACAGAACCAAAGAAGGUAAACCUGGGACAUCUAACUAGUUUUCAAUUAGAUGACAAAACUAACCUUUUAAGCAACGUAACUCUAAACGGGAUAUCUUUAGCAUUAAAGCAAAACUUUUAUUACUAUAUAUCUAGUACAGGGAUGGUCGAAAAGGAUUAUUCAACGUCUGGAGCCUACGUUUUCACACCUACCAAGGAUAUACCUGAAGAACUUCAAAAUGUAGAAGUGAUUGGCUCGUAUAAUGGAAACUUGGUUGAAGAAGUGCAUCAAAAGUGGAUUACUAAUGUUUCUGAUAUUUACCAAAGUAUUAGGUGGUACAAAACUGACAACCAUAUAGAGUUGGACUGGUUGGUGGGAAAUAUAAACACGAAAAUCAAUUACACUGGUAUAGAAGUCAUAAGCCGUUUCGACGUAUCCGAUUUUGAUAACCAAAACGUCUUCUACACCGACUCCAACGGUCGUGAAACUAUUAAAAGGAUUAAAAACCAACGGGCUGACUAUUUUUAUAAUAUUAGUUGGGAACCAGUCUCUAGUAACUACUAUCCGGUUACUUCAAAAAUAGUUAUAAAAGAUCAAGAAAAACAUAUGCAGAUGGCUAUUCUCACUGAUAGGUCUCAGGGAGGUUCAAGUUUGGAGAAUAAUCAAAUCGAGUUGAUGGUACACAGGAGAACAAUAUUUGAUGAUGGUAAGGGUGUUGGCGAACCUCUUUCUGAGACAGAAUUCAACUCAGAUUUAGGAAUGUAUGCCAGAGGUACACAUUAUUUGCUCAUAGGCGACACAGAAAAAAUUAACAAAGACGGAAAGACAACAACUGGGCAAGAACGGGUCUUAGCUCAAAAGAAACUUCGCCAACCGUGGAUUGGACUGUCACCUACCAAACAAACAUUCGAUGAAUUGAAAAAAUCCAUGAACCUGCAGUACUCUGCUCUAAAUGAAGACCUUCCCGAAAACGUUAAUAUAUUGACUCUAGAACCAUGGACAAGCGGGAGCUACCUGUUGAGAUUUGAGCAUAUUUUAGAGAAAAAUGAAGAUCCUAACUUAUCAAACAAAUCGACAAUUAGUAUAGAGAACCUGCUAAAAGGAAUAAAUGUUCACACAAUAACUGAGAUGACACUUGGAGCAAAUGUACCACUAAGUGAACUCAAUCAGACACCCAGAUAUGUAUGGAAUAUCAAAGAUGAAAGUACUCAAUCAGAGAUUUCAGAUGUUAGUAAAAGUGUAGGUGCUAAUGAAGAAAUAUCUUUGGGUCCAAUGCAGAUCAGAACCUUCAUCAUCUCGACCAAAUCGAGCACUUCGAACGGAAAUGUGGCAUUGGUUAACUUAUUUUUGGCUCUAAUUGUAUUACUAAAACUUUGUAUAUUGUAAAACACAUUUUAAAAAGCAAUUAACUUUAGAUUGA